AUGGCGGGUUGCGAGAGCUUGGCUAGCGAGCAGACUCAAUACGGAGCAAAGCGAAUGAAGGAUCGGCAUGAAAUCAUCAAGGAUCUCUUCUUACGAGCACUUGAUUUCACGACUGAGCAACAGGAUGAGUUCCUAUAUAACGCUUGCGAUGAUGAAUCGAUCCGGGAUGAGGUUCGCAGAAUGCUUCUGGCUGAUGCCGGUACUAUGGCCCAAGAACUGGAUCGAUCACCGAUGCACGGCGAGGCUGGGAUAACCGCUGAUGAACUGACUCCCAGGAAAAUCGGCAAAUAUGGGGUGCAAAGGGUGCUCGGGCAAGGAGCGAUGGGCGUCGUUUAUGAAGCAACCCAGUCGCACCCAGAACGCCGGAUUGCGGUCAAAGUGCUCCGGCGUCAGCAUGAAGGCUCGUCCAUCAUGCAGCGAUUUACUCUCGAGGCUCAGCUGCUCGCGCGUUUGCGUCAUCCAGGGAUUGCCCAUGUAUACGAUGCGGGCACGGCCAAGAUUGAUGGUGGCACAGAAGAUGCCCAGUACAUCGCGAUGGAACUGAUCAAUGGGAGCCCUGUCUUAGAGCAUGCCACAACCGAACAACUCUCCCGCAAUCAGAAACUGGAACUCGUCGCGAAAAUUUGCGAUGCGGUGCAUCACGCGCAUCUGAGUGGGGUGAUUCACCGGGAUCUUAAACCAAGCAACAUACUUGUUGAGGACGACGGCAGUACUUGCGGACAGCCUAAAGUCCUUGACUUCGGGGUCGCGCGUGCAUCGGAGCUCGAACUGCAAAUCACUCAGCAUAAAACUGGUGAACGCCAUCUGAUCGGGACCAUCGCAUACAUGAGUCCUGAGCAGGUUGAGGGAGACCAAACGAACAUCGAUAUCCGUUCGGAUGUGUAUGCGCUCGGGGUCGUGCUCUACGAACUGCUCGUCGGCGUGCUCCCGCAUGAUCUCACGACUUGCUCGCUUCCGGAAGCCGCUCGGAAGAUCCGAUUCGAGCCUCCAAGACGAAUAAGCAGCGUUGAUCGAUCACUCAAAGGUGACAUCGAUACCAUCGUGCACGCGGCACUCGAGCCCGAUCCGGCUCGGCGAUUCCAGUCCGCCGCUGCACUUGCGGAAGAUCUUCGGAGGGUACUUGAGCACAAACCAAUCAGUGUGCGUACACCGGGUCUGUAUUACACCACAUCAAGGUUCAUACGGCGCAACAAAGCCCUCACCGCGGGCGUGUUGAUCGCGGUUGUGGGCAUGGGCUUAGGGACUGGAAUCUCAAUCGUUCAAGCGCGUGAAGCGAUCCGUGAGCGGGAUGCGGCAAGACUCGCAGAGUCUCGAUCGAACCGGAUCCGCGACUUUCUCUUCAGUGAUGUCCUGAUGUCCGCAGCACCUGAACGGCUGGGACCUAAUGCGACCAUUACCGAGGGAAUCAAUCACGCGAGCAUCUCGGUCCCUACUAGAUUUGAUCAGGACCGCGAACUCCGCGCAGAGCUCCAGACGAUUCUCGGAGGCGUGUAUCUGAAACUGACCGAUCUCGAACGCGCUGAGCAACAGAUUGAUGAAGCACUCGCAUACUUUGACGGAACUGAUAUUCCGAGUGCGUACAACAUCGACGCGAUGGGCACCGCCGCGCGGAUACUCGCGUCUCAAGGAGAGCGGAGUCAGGCACUUGAUAUGAUUGAUCGUGCGAUCGAGCAAUCAACUCAAUGGUUUGGAUCUGACCCGCUUGUCACGACAAAGGCGAUGAUCGAGAAAGCAUAUGUGCUUGCGGAUUUCUAUAGCUAUUCUGAAGCGGCGACAAUAGCGAAGCAGGUCCAACUUAUACGAGCAGACUUUCAUGGACCGAAUCAUGAAAAAACACUCGAAUCGAAACGCCUCGCACUUAACUACGAAUCCCUCGAAGGUGGUCCCAGCGACGAAACAGAUGCACAGCAUCGAGAGACAAUUGCACAGCUCGAACGAGAACAAGGACCCGAUCAUGCAACAACGCUGAGUGCCAAACUCGCAUACGGCGCUUACCUCGCUCAGAAUCGCUUCAAUGAACAGGCGAUCGCGAUAUAUCGGGAAGCCCUCCCUCGGCUUGAACAGGUCUUUGGGGAGAACCAGAACACCGCGGCGUGCCGAGCGAACCUCGGAGCUCUGUAUUCCAGGGUUGGGCGAUAUGAAGAGGCAUUACCCUUGAUGAGACGAUCCUUAGACGUGCUUAUCGAGUCGAAAGGUGAGUCGAGUGUGGAUGCGGUGGUCUCGAUGCUCAAUUUAAGUCUUAUGUACUAUCGCAUGGAAGACUGGCAAUCCGCGUAUGACAUCGCGGCGCGAGCGUAUCCACUCGGUAUUGAAGCGCUUGGUGCACAACACCAGAUCAGCCUAGAACUUGCGAACAACCAAGCGCGUCCGCUCCGCAAGCUCGAACGUGACGAGGAAGCAGUUCACUGGUUCGACAUCGCGAUCGAGCUCACCCCAGCCAUAUACGGCGAACAUUCACAAAGACUUGUCAUGAUGCUCAUGGAUCGUGCGCUUGUGCUCACGAGACUCGAACGAUUCGACGAGGCGAGGAUCGAUCUAGAGCGUUGCGAAACGAUUGGUGAACAGACGGAACUACCAAGUUCAAUGGUUGAGACCUAUCGCGAGUUCAUGACUCAGCUUGAUACGAAGAUCCAGGCUCAUGAAAGCGGGAAUACUUCGCCUGCAGAUGAAGAGUCCCCGUAA